AUGGCCAACCAAACCCCAGCCGUUGUCAUGGACAACGGCACGGGGUUCUCUAAGCUAGGUUUCGCCGGAAACGACUCUCCUUCGUUCGUUUUCCCGACCGCGAUUGCGACCAAGGGUGCCGCGACCGGCGGUGGUGCGGGUUCCGGCCGCCCUCCCGUUCCCAACAGGCCCUCUUUCCUGACCGGCGGAGCUGGCCCGACCGGUCAUCUAUCGGGGAAGCGCGGAACCGAGGACCUCGACUUCUUCAUUGGCGACGAGGCCAUCUCGGCCGCGGGUGGACCUGGCUAUGGGUUACACUACCCGAUCCGGCAUGGGCAGAUCGAGAACUGGGAUCAUAUGGAGAGAUUCUGGUCUAACUCCAUUUUCAAGUACCUCAGGGUAGAGCCCGAGGACCACUACUUCCUCCUCACGGAGCCGCCCUUAAACCCGCCCGAGAACCGCGAGAACACGGCCGAGAUCUUCUUCGAAUCCUUCAACUGUGCCGGACUAUACAUUGCCGUCCAGGCUGUGCUAGCACUUGCUGCGUCGUGGACGUCGUCGAAGGUCACGGAUCGGUCUCUGACAGGCACGGUUAUCGAUUCUGGUGACGGUGUUACGCACGUCAUUCCGGUCGCCGAAGGCUACGUGAUCGGUUCCUCGAUCAAGUCCAUCCCCAUCGCCGGCCGCGACAUCACCUACUUUGUCCAGUCGCUCCUCCGUGACCGCGGCGAGCCAGACUCGUCUCUCAAGACGGCGCAGGAGAUCAAGGAAGAGUACUGCUACGUCUGCCCGGAUAUCGUCAACGAGUUUGGCAAGUACGACCGCGACCGCACCCGGUUCUUGAAGCACGUUGUCGCCCAUCCGGGCGGCCGCCAAGUGAGCGUCGACGUCGGCUACGAGCGCUUCCUGGCGCCUGAGAUCUUUUUCAACCCCGAGAUUUACUCAUCCGACUUCCUGACGCCGCUACCCGUGGUUGUCGACGGCGUGAUUCAGUCGUCGCCCAUCGAUGUGCGUCGCGGCCUGUACAAGAACAUUGUCCUCUCGGGUGGCAGCACGCUGUACAAGGACUUUGGCCGCAGGUUACAGCGCGAUAUCAAGCAGCUCGUGGACGCCAGGAUCCGUCAGAGCGAGGUGCGCAGCGGUGGUGCCAAGAGUGGAGGACUGGAGGUGCAGGUCAUCGGGCACAAGAGGCAGCGUCACGGGCCGUGGUUUGGCGGGAGCUUGCUGGGCCAGACGCCCGAGUUCCGAUCAUACUGCCACACCAAGGCGGAGUACCAAGAAUACGGACCGGGUAUCGUGCGGAGAUUCGCCCUGCUGGGAGGACCGGGUGGCUCGUAG